GCAGUACACUUUUUUUUUUAUUGCCUCACAGCAAUAUGAAGUAACAUUGGAGUCAAGCUGGAAAUAAAUGUUUAUACAAAUAAGGUUCCAGCCACCCCUGCAACUCCCAGAGAGACAAGCGGUAGAAAAUGAAUAGACGGAUAGUUGUGAUGUUAAAAGAGAAAGUUGAAAUGGUAUGCGAUCACACUCCUAUAACGCUAUAACCGUGCCUACAUUUGUUUGGUUUUAGCAUGUUGGUGGAAAAAAGGUUUAGAGACCCUUGCUUAAGUUUAUAAAGUUUUAAACUCAGUCACUGCACUCACUGGGGGAAAUUAAAUGUGUCUGCUUAAGUUAUAUUUGGCAAUAGAUUAUUGGCUUUGUAAGUGGUAUCAUUAGCUUUUAUGCAGCGGUAUUUACUUUGAAGACAGGUCUCACUGUGAAAAGAGCAACUUCACAUUGCUUUCCCGCCUAUUUGCCUAAAAAAAAAAAAAAACCUCAGCCCCACCUCCUUGUUAUAUAACACUGACUUCCCUGUGUUGUGUGCGGAGCUCACACAAGUAGUCGCUCAAGCUCGGGGGACAGCUCAGGGAGUAGGAGAUCUUCCCGCCUGACUGCUGCUACCAGAAGGGGAGCAGAGCAACAAGUUAUUCAUUACGGUCUUCAAGGCAGCCAACAUGCAGGAAGAGUCUAAACAACGAAGAAUGACCAUGGAUUUUUCCCAACUGCACACAUACACGCCGCCACAGUGUGCACCGGAGAACACCGGCUAUACCUACUCCCUCAGCUCCAGCUAUUCAACCGCAGCAUUAGAGUUUGAGAAGGAGCACCAGAUCGCUCCAGUGUACGAGUCCCCCAGGAUGUCCCGGCGGAGCCUGCGUCUGCAAACCAGUGGCAGUCACCAUGGUAACGACAGCCAGGGUGACUUCACGCAGAACCAGAGGAACAGUAGCUACACUACCAAGAGAGAGUCACGGACCCUGCGGAGUAGAAAGCUGCAGGCCAUUUCCAACUCUAUGUCGCUGUCCCUAAGCCAAGCUGCAACUCCGAGGACAACCCACAGUUUCCUAGCUGUUAGUACCCCUAUUAACAGCAGCAGUAGAAGCAUUGAGGAACACAACACUGUGUCUGAUGCCUCAUUGCACACGACUGAGAUGGACCAGAUGCACCUCAGGCAGCGCACCAUCACUAAAACCACUACAACUGUAGACGGCAACUGGGGCAUGACUUCUCACUCUGAGCAGAGCGGGGCAAGCGUCAACGGCGACAUCAGCGCGUCAAACUCUCACACAAGGCUCGCCAAUGGUUAUGUCUGUAAAGACUGCUCCUUUCACUCUCAACAAAUGGAUUCCCAUACCACACACUCCUCUUUAUCGACAUCACAUGCUGCAGACGUCUCCAAGGCGGAUGCGUUCUCCUACUCGUCGUCAUCACCCUUCACGAAUAUAUACUCCAGGGACAGGAGUCGCAAGAGCAAAACUGGUGUCUUAACGUCCGUGUCCAACACAUGUGUGCGCUUGAGCAAGAAAGUCCUGGCUCCUUUUGUGUCCUUCUUCACUUUGCUCUACAGCAGUGUGUGCUGGCUGUCUGCACGGGCAAACAUGGCGAAAGAAAGAGGUUUGUUUGCAUCAUGUAAAGACUCCAUGAGACGGACAAUGUCCUCCAGUUGGUCUCAAGUUUGGCUUUUAAAGCAAAACACUCUGGACAGAUUGAUUGGCAACAAGUCAGAAGACUCUCAAGCAAAAGGUGUGUUUGCAUCAUGUACAGACUCCAUGAGACGGACAAUGUCCUCCAGUUUGUCUCAAGUUUGGCUUUUAAAGCAAAACACUCUGGGCAGAUUGAUUGGCAACAAGUCAGAAGACUCUCAAGCACAAGCUCACUCAAGUUUCUGCGGGAGCAUGAAUGUAAAUGAUCUGGCAAAUGAGGAUGCAUCACAUCUCAAUCUCAAUGGUUCCCUGUGUGAUGACUGUAAAGGGAAGCAGUUCUCUGAGACACAGACCGUCCUCCUCACACAGUCCUCCAGGUCUCAGCGCUUGGUGGGGGCGCUGUGGAGCCUACUGGCUUACACAGGUCACUGCCUCCUCCAGCCGGGUUAUUUUGUGGCGAGAGGUGCUAAAGCUUUGAGUUCAAGUGUUGGGACAAUGACACAGAGGAUCCUCACACUAUUGUGGACUGCUGUAACAGCACCAGUGAAGGCAGGCCGGAGUCUGCUGUGGAUUCUUGCCACUGGCUGGUACCAGCUCGUGUCCCUCAUGUGUCUUCUCAAUGUCUUCUUUCUGACACGAUGCCUUCCCAAACUCUGGAAGCUUCUCCUGCUUCUUCUGCCCCUUCUGCUCCUCUUCGCUUUGUGGCUGUGGGGUCCGUCCGCUGCUGCCCUAUUCGCCUGCCUCCCAGCCGUAAAAAUCACUGAGUGGCGUCCAUCCUCUCCCAUUACUUUCUUGUCCAACUUGGUGCCUGCCGCUGCUCCAAUUCUUGCACCAAGACCAGAGUCACCACUUGCUCAGACACCAGCCACAACGGUUUCUCAGGCACCACCAAUUGUUGUCCCGAGUAUGGACUUGGAACGCCUUGAACGUUUGGAGCGCCAGCUCGCCCUGUUGUGGGAACGAGUCCAACAGAGUGAGGAGAAGCAGGAGCAGCAUCACAUGGACACAUUGAGUCUGUACAACAGCUUGAAGGAGACGCUCCACACCGAGACAGACAGGGAAAGACUGGGCUUGUGGGUGUCAUCCCUGCUCGAGCAGAGGUUGGGCGUGCUGCGAGGAGAGCUCAAGCAGGACAGCAUACUUAGAGAGCAGAGCGAGGAGCAGCUGAAAGUGCUUCAGGAGAGUCAAACAACACGCUUGGCUGAUUUGGAAUUGCUGCUCAGCGCUUUGGCGGUCAAGACUGAGGGGGUGCAGCAGAAACAGCGGCAAUAUGAGCUUGAGAAAGAGGACACGAAAAAGGAAUUUGUCGCUGCGGUAGAAGACACACCUCCCCUUAGUGUGGGUGUGCAGCAGGAGGACCAUGAUGCUUUGCUGGCAGAGGUACAAAGACUUGAGUUGGACCUGGGCAGAAUCAGGCAGGACCUGCAAGGUGUUAUGGGAUGUAAGGGCAAGUGUGAGCAGCUGGACACGCUGCAGGAGACGAUAAGUGCGCAGGUGUCCUCCCAGGUGCGUAAGGAGUUGCAGGCUCUGUUCUAUGGCAGCGGCUCGUCGGGAGAGGGUCAAGGGGAGGUGCCAGAGUCUCUGGUCCUCUGGCUUUCUCAGCGCUACGUGAGCACGCCCGAUCUGCAGGCAUGGCUCGCCUCUCUAGAACAGAGAAUCAUGAGGAACGUGUCCAUGCAGCUGGAGCUUAACCGAGCUCAGACUCUCGUUGAGACAGAGUCCAAGGCGUCUUUGGCGCACACAGUGACCGACUCUGUGCAUAUUGCUGCUGCAGCCGAAGGGCUGACAGAAGAGCAUGUAAAGCUGAUUGUCCAGAAUGCGUUGAAGCUCUACUCUCAGGACAGGACUGGGCUGGUGGACUAUGCCCUGGAGUCUGGAGGUGGCAGUAUCCUCAGUACCCGCUGCUCUGAAACUUAUGAGACCAAGACGGCCCUCAUGAGCCUGUUUGGUCUCCCACUCUGGUACUUCUCCCAGUCGCCGCGAGUUGUCAUCCAGCCUGACAUGUACCCGGGUAACUGCUGGGCUUUCAAAGGCUCGCAGGGUUAUCUGGUGAUCAGGCUUUCACUAAGGAUCAAACCCACGUCCUUCUGCUUGGAGCACAUCCCCAAAGCCCUGUCACCGACUGGAAACAUCACCAGUGCCCCUCAGAACUUCACAGUCUUUGGUCUAGAUGAUGAGUAUCAAGAAGAGGGCGAUUUGCUUGGUCAUUACACUUACCAGGAAGAUGGAGAAUCAAUGCAGAUUUUCCCCAUUCAGGAGCCGACUGAUAAGGCCUUCCAGAUUAUAGAGGUGCGCGUGUUGUCUAAUUGGGGACAUCCAGAUUACACCUGCUUGUAUCGCUUUCGAGUCCACGGAGAGCCAAGGCCUCAGUGAACCAACUACCACUAUACAUACACGCACACCCUCAAUCUAUUUAAAAAAAAAACUCAACCUAUCUGUACAUAGCUCUUCCAACUCCUGCGGUGAAGACGCUCUGAAGUUCCUGUUGAUGUUUAUAUGCGAGAGAAUAUCCAAAAGAUUGUCGAAAGAAAGUAAGCCAAACUGGAUCACGGAAAUGGGUUUGUGUUACUCACGAGGAUGUCUGCAUGAGUGAACAAAAGAAGAUUUGAAGUCCAAAUCGUGUUUUCCUCUUGCACUGAAUCAACAUAUGAGGGCACAAGUCAAAACAAUUGGAAAGGAAUUAGGACAUACCGCGUCCCGAUCUCAUUUGGGGUGUGUUCUAAGUCAUCCACAAUAAAUGUUUCCUCUUGUAUUUUUUUAAUUUGGGUGGCUGGGCACCAUGCCGCAUUUUUGGGGUGUGUCAGAAAAUCUGAAUGUUUUUCUACUUUGGAGGCUUGAUGCAAGUCCCCCUUUAAGCGCACUGCAGCACUACACUGAACAAAAAUAUAAAAGCGAAUCUUCUGUUUUUAGUCCUAUUUUACAUGAGUUGAACUCAAAGAUCUGAAUUUUUUACUAUAUACACAAAAUACUUACUAUUUAUAGUUUUUCAUAAAUCUGUGUUAGUGAGCAUUUUUCUUUUUUGCCAAGAUAAUCCAUCCCACCUCACAGCAUAUCAGCAUGCUGAUUAAACUGCAUGAUUAUUGCACAGGUGUGCCUUAGGCUGCCCACAAUAAAAGGCCACUCUGAAAUGUGCAGUUUUAUGACACAGCACAAUGCCACAGAUGAUGCAGGUAUUUGGGGGAGCGUGCAGUUGGCAUGUCCACCAGAGCUGUUGCCCGUUAAUCGAUUGUUCAUUUCUCCACCAGAUUGUUCAUUUCUUCACCAUAAGCCGUCUCCAAAGGCGUUACAGAGAAUUUGGACGUACACCCAACUGUGGGGUUCGAUGGAUUGUCUUGGUAAAGUAGAAGAGCUCACUAACACAUAUUUGUGAACAUUUGAGAGGAAUAGGUCUUUUGUGUGUAUAUUAGUGACGGGUUGAUGAGGCGUCAUGUAUUGUUUUGACACAUUGCAAAACUGUGUUGAUACUGUGUCAAUACUGUGGCACUAAAUACUGACCUCUGCUGGACAUUAAAAAUCCCUACAGGCAACCUAUGGACCGACUCAACCGACACUGAUUUUAUGACCUAGUAUAGGGUUGAUCUACGUUCCCAUCCUCACCUAUGGUCAUGAGCUUUGGGUCAUGACCGAAAGGACGAGAUCACAGGUACAAGCGGCCGAAAUGAGUUUCCUCCGCCGUGUGGCGUGACUCUUCCUUAGAGAUAGGGUGAGAAGCUCUGCCAUCCGGGAGUAACUCAAAGUAAAGCCGCUGUUCCUUCACAUCGAGAGGAGCCAGAUGAGGUGGUUCGGGCAUCUGGUUUGGAUGCAACCCGAACGCCUCCCUAGGGAGGUGUUUAGGGCACGUCCAACCGGUAGGAGGCCACGGGGAAGACCCAGGACACGUUGGGAAGACUAUGUCUCCCGGCUGGCCUGGGAACGCCUCGGGAUCCCCCGGGAAGAGCUAGACGAAGUGGCUGGGGAGAGGGAAGUCUGGGUUUCCCUGCUUAGGCUGUUGCCCCCGCGACCCGACCUCAGAUAAGCGGAAGAAGAUGGAUGGAGUAUAUAUUCCGUACAAUUGACCACUAAAUGGUAACACCCAGAUAAGUUUUUCAACUUGUUUAAGUCGGGAUCCACGUUAAUCAAUUCAUGGUAAAAUUGUAAUGACUGAUCCAUCGAUCUGGAUUUGAACCAGUGCCCAAGGGAACUCAGAAUGAGCAUUUACAGCCCCUCCACCAUACCAACUGAGCUACCGAAAAGGUUCAACACAAAAACAUGUACCGUUACAGACCUACUAACAGAUCGAGUAGAAACUUGAGAGAACAGGAUGAAACAACAAGGAAAUGAACCUUUUUUUCGAUAUAUGAUCAAAAUAGGGCUUCAUGGUGGCAGAGGGGUUAGUGCGUCUGCCUCACAAUACGAAGGUACUGCAGUCCCGGGUUCAAAUCCUGUGUGGAGUUUGCAUGUUCUCCCCGUGAAUGCGUGGGUUCCCUCCGGGUACUCCGGCUUCCUCCCACCUCCAAAGACAUGCACCUGGGGAUAGGUUGAUUGGCAACACUAAAUUGGCCCUAGUGUGUGAAUGUGAAUGUGAAUGUUGUCUAUCUGUGUUGGCCCUGCGAUGAGGUGGCGACUUGUCCAGGGUGUACCCUGCCUUCCGCCCGAUAGUAGCUGAGUUAGGCGCCAGCGCCCCCCGCGACCCCAAAAGGGAAUAAGCGGUAGAAAAUGGAUGGAUGGAUAGAUGGAUGAUCAAAAUAUUCGCACACGGCGGAAAUGAUCUCCGACGACGAUAGAUUACAAAUGACCAACGACAGAAGGGACGGCGUGGCGCAGUGGCAGAGUGUCCGUGCGCAACCCGAGGGUCACUGGUUCAAAUCCCACCUAGAACCAACCUCGUCACUUCCGUUGUGUCCUGAGCAAGACACUUCACCCUUGCUCCUGAUGGGUGCUGGUUGGCGCCUUGCAUGGCAGCUCCCUCCAUCUGUGUGUGAAUGGGUAAAUGUGGAAGUAGUGUCAAAGCGCUUUGAGUACAGAAAAGCGCUAUACAAGUACAGUCAUCAGUGCGACACAGUUCGUGUAUCGGUCACGUGACCGAAACAACUCAUGAUCGGUCACGUGACUUUCGAAAAGCGGUACGCUCACCGACACAGGGUUUCGCUCUGAGCUCGACGCAUCGGUGUUGCCGGACCCAUCACUAGUGUGUAUAGUAAAAGUUUCAGCUAUUUUGAGUUCAACUCAUGAAAAAUGGAGAAAUAACAAGCAUUUCGUCUAUAUUUUUGUUCAGUAUACAAACCACUGACCUAAGGAGCUCUGUACAUUAGCCAGCAUCGAUAUAGCGUGUGUGUGCUUAUGAAAGGACUUUGAGGAUUGCAACCAGCAUGUGGCUCUUCCUGACCUACUACCUUUUUUAAAAAUGUACAUUUUCAUGAGCGUUCUCUAUGAAAGACAUGUGCCUAGAUCUCCAAUUGGCAAUCAGUACAGAAAGGUUAACCUGGGGUUGUCUCCUUUCUCGGUUACUGCUUCCCUUUAUCCGAAGCCCAGACCGAAUGUAAUCUGUACAUUUGUAUUGUCUAUAUAGUUACCUGCUUUUAUCAAUGUUGAUUUAUAUUAAAACAACCCUUUAUUGGUUAACCAUUAUUUCAACUGUUACUCAUGUUUUAGUUUUUGUUUCUUUUUGUCAUUUGUUUUUAGGGGUUGAUAAUGUUUUGUAUGGAUGCACGGCAGAAGAUGCCAUCAAGAGUUUGUUUAAAGAACUUAGAUUUUUAUUUCAAAUAUAGAAGAAUACCUAAAAUAUGUACAAUUUGUUUUUUCACAGUUUUAUUUAUUAAGUCGAUUGGUGACUGCAGAAUAUAAGUUGAAUGCAAUGUAUAUUUUUGUCUAAAAAGCUCUUCAGUGCAUUUUGGAAGCGUCUUGGGGAUUUUUCUUUUUUUUUUUAAAGAUAAAUUGCUAUUUUUGUUCUCAUUUAAGACAACUGUUCUGGAAGAUAUUCCAAUAAAACAUUUAAUUUUGAA